AUGUCUCUUAUUCAUUCUGAACACUCUACAAACUCUUCCAACAUCAUUCCCAUGAAGAAUGGCAUUCCAACCUUCAAGAUGGUCAUUGUUGGUGAUGGUGGAGUUGGAAAAACCACCUUUAUCAAACGUCUCUUGAUUGGAGAGUUUGAAAAGAAGUACAUUGCAACGGUUGGUGCUGAAGUGUAUCCAUUGAAAUUCUUUACCAAUCAUGGACCAAUUUGUUUUGAAACUUGGGAUACUUCUGGUCAGGAAAAGUUUGGUGGUCUCCGAGAUGGUUAUUAUGUUUCCAGUCAUUGUGCCUUAAUCAUGUUUGAUGUGACGGCUCGAUCAACCUAUAAGAAUGUUCCAACGUGGUAUCGAGAUGUCAUGAGAGUGUGUGAAAAUAUACCUGUGGUGCUUUGUGGUAAUAAGGUGGAUGUGAAGGAUCGAGUGGUAAAGCCCAAACACAUUUCCUUUCAUAGAACGAAGAAUUUGCAAUAUUAUGACAUCUCUGCUAAAAGUAAUUAUAAUUAUGAAAAACCAUUUCUCUAUAUGAUGAAAAAGUUGUUGAAUGAUCCAAAUUUGGCUUUAGUGGAGAAUGUCCCCACAUUACCUCCUGUAUUUCCACUAGCCCCUGAAGAAAUGGCUCGAAUGGAAAAAGAGCUGAGUGAUGCAUUAAAUGCAAGCAUUCCUGAGGAUGAUGACGAAUUUUGA